AGCUCGCAAGACUGCAACCUACUCAGAGCCGCCCAGAGCUGGUUUGCAGCACGCCGUUCUACGUAACCCCACUCUAGCACGAGUGUUAAGCAUUUUUCGCCAUCUUUAUUGUGGUCAAGAAAGGGUCUUUCUCCUCCUAGCGUCUAUAACCAUCAAAGAAUGAACCGUUUGGUCCCUUUAUAGUUUUCGGAGUUAAAGGUGAGACGAGAACAAAAAGAGGCAGCGUCGCACCAGCUCUGUUACAGCCCCUUCACCCUCCUCUCUGCCCUUACUCAAAAUGGCCGCCAGAAAAAUGCUGCAAUGAUGCGAUCAGCGCGGUCCUGGUUGCCAAGGAGACGAGAAUACCGGAAAUGCGGAAUUCGGGGAGGGCCAGCUAGCUGAGGCAGUGGGAGGGAGGCUGGGAACCACAGGUCCUGAAAGGGAAGAAGUGGGCAGGUCCUGGCAGGGGAGACCUGUGGCGGCGGCAGCUCCGGUUACUGGCUGCUUCAGCGGGAUGGAGCCGCAAUUCGCGGACGUCGGGGUGGGCGAAGCUGAGCAAGUUGCAGGCGGGGGCCCGGCAAGCGGCAGUGCCGCUCGGGGGUCCGCAGUUUCGGCGACCUUGGCAGCCUCCCGCUGGAAGCUCCUUCGACAGGUUCUGAAGCAAAACCACCUGGAUGAUUGUCUCCGACGCAUGUCAGUAAGAAGAUUUGAAUCAUUUAAUCUGUUCUCAGUAACAGAAGAUGAAGAAGGGAAAACUGAAGAGGAGGUUGGUACAUGGGUCCAGUACACAAGUGUCUUCUAUCCUGAGUACAGUGUCUUCUUAAGGCAUCGUAAUGGAGCCUUGAAUGUUGAAGAUGUUCUUACCAGCUUUGACAAUACAGGAAAUGUUUGCAUCUGGCCGUCUGAAGAAGUCUUAGCUUACUAUACCCUCAAGCACAAGGAUAUAUUCAGAGACCUUGCUGUGUGUGAGCUAGGGGGUGGCAUGACAUGCUUGGCUGGGCUCAUGGUUGCUAUUUCUGCAGAUGUCAAAGAAGUUCUGUUAACUGAUGGGAAUGAAAAGGCCAUCAGAAAUGUGAGAGACAUCAUCACAAGGAAUCAGAAGGCUGGUGUGUUUAAGACUCGGAAGAUAUCGAGCCGCGUUUUACGAUGGGAUAACGAGACAGAUGUCUCUCAACUGGAAGGACAUUUUGACAUUGUUAUGUGUGCUGACUGCCUGUUUCUGGACCAGUACAGAGCCAGCCUUGUUGAUGCAAUAAAGAGAUUACUCCAGCCCAGGGGGAAAGCAAUGGUGUUUGCCCCACGCCGAGGGAAUACCGUAAACCAGUUUUGCAAUCUAGCUGAAAAAGCGGGUUUCUCUAUCCAAAGACAUGAAAAUUAUGAUGAACACAUUUCAGACUUCCACUCCAAGUUGAAAAAGGAAAACCAGGACGUAUAUGAAGAAAACCUUCAUUACCCACUUCUGCUUAUUUUAACCAAAAAUGGAUAGGAGAUUAAGCUCCUCGAGAGAAGACGGAAACACCAAGCUCACAAUGGAAGAUUUUUCACCUAAACAGAAACCUGUACUGAGUAUAAUAUUCAACAAGCCGCUGGCUCCUGGGUUUGAAAGCCCCUAGGACUCGGGCCCCCACCCCUCAGCAACAGGGUGGGUUAUGGGGUCCACUUGUCUUCGCCCACGUUGUUCCCCAGCCGUCCUCACCCGCCUCCCGCCAUCCCCCUUUCCUCAGCCUGCUUGUUGCUUUCUUGCACCAAACCUUUGUUGUGUCCUUAAAAAUGUAUAAGCAGUCUGUCUGAGAUUUGAAUUCGACCUGUGAGUAACCUAAAUAUUUCUCCCUCUUAUUGACACAGAAUUUGUUUUGACCUUCCCCCCUCCUUUUUUUUUUUAAUUUACCUCUUUGUCCUAUUUUUGGUGGUGGUAGUUUUUAAUCUGUAAAACGCAGCCAACAUCCUGAUUCUUUCCUGGCUAAAAAAAUAAAACACAUCUUGCCAAUCUCCCUCAAAUUAAUUGUAUUAAAUCUACCAUCUCUUUCUCAUUCUUUUUUCCUGUUUUAAACAGGAUGUUUUUUCCCCCCCAAUAGAUGUAUGAGAAAUGACUACAUCAGCCCCAAGCUUCAUAAACUGACCGUUUGUCCCCUGGACACAAUAGCGUGGCCAGCCCUCUGCUCCUCCUCUCUAAUUAUGUGUGAUUAGUCUCAGUGUGUUGUGUCAAGGAGGGGGAGUGUGCUGAGUACUUAUUAUCUGUUUAGGUACAAGAAGAGCACAUUUAGGCUCCAUGAAUGAAAAGUGAGCCUUUAUCAGGGCUGAAAUCUAACUGCUGCUAUUCUCCAGGCUUCUUUCAAAACAGGUCCUUCCCAGAGAAAUUUUGAACCCAUGGUUGACAAACUAGAUUGCAGCCAGGGGGAUUUUUUUUUUUUAACUCAAUCACACAAUUAUCUUAUUUAAAAUAAGUAUAUAUUGUUAUUCACGGUGAUUCAAGUGGACAGUAAACAUUUAAUAGGCAAAAAAAAUUUUAUUUUAUUUUAUUUUUUUUACCUAGGAUUAAAAGAGAAUGACUUUUCUGCAGGGAACCCAAGCAUAUUCUUGCCUAGUGCAUCCAUGAGAUGCUUUAAUGCCUUUUGUGGAAAUGCAGAUGUUUAUCUGUAAGGAAUCAUCUGUGCCCACUUUAGCAGUAACGUCAUUAGCAGGUUAGCUCUAUAGCCUCGGAUCUUUCAUAGAGGCAAAGCCUGUAUUUCGUGGGAUACAAUUAAAGAGGUGGGAGACUAGGGACGAAGCCUUUUGCAUGUUAAACAAACUUAGCUGUCAUAAAAACAGCGACUCUCAAAUGUCUUCUCUGCUCACUUCUAUCAUCAAACAAAUUUUUCACCAUCAGUUUGCAUGUCCUUGUAUUCACCACUUUUUCUGCUCCAUUAGAGCACCUAGAUGGAUCUCGGAAGGCAUAGGUCAAGUCGCAGUUAGAUCAUACAUUUCUUUCUCACAAAAACUUGAAUUGCAAUGCCAAGUGAUGGGCUAACAUCACAAUAACAGCAAUUUAUUCCUCUUUGGAUAAAACAGCAGUCUAUUCUCCGUGCUAGAUAAAGACCAGGGCAAUGCAAACCAGCCAUUUAGCUGAGUAGUUCAGCUAGUGGCAGCUCUCCUUUGGCGACUGUAUCAGGUUGCACACUGGCUUCAUAUUUUCUUGUUUAAAAAUUAGAAUCUGGAAUGUUUUAAAAGGCAGGACAGGUAGUUCUGUUUAUACUGGUGAAGAUACAGCAAAAAUUUUCUUCUGUAAAACCUGCAACUAAAUUUGCCAGACAAAGGAAAUCAUGGCUGUAGUUAACACCUAAGAUGGUCUAUUCUUUUUUUUUUUUCUUCUUCUUUUAAAAUAUACAACAGCAGACCAUGAGAAUAUUCCAUUUUUCCUCAUGAAAAUACAUGAGUUGCCAAGAACUCAGUUUGCAUUUGUGUGUUAUGGGUGUAGAAAUCUAGUGUUUUACUUCUCUGGAGAGAAAUUGUGUCUUAAAAAAUAAACUAAUAAUGUAGUAUUUUUUAAAUCAUGGAAAUGAAGUUGUACAGUUACCUGAUUGAGACAGGGUUUUGGAAUUCAGCUAUUUUUACCAAGUCAUGUCUAGGAAAGAAAUCUGCUGAAUGUGUGAUUAAAACCUUAGAGAAUCUCCUGUAAAAUGCUAAGGGUUUCAUAGAUCUUCUCUUGAUGGCAUCAUCACCUGGAAAUAGCUCUAAUUCAGGCUCUUUGGAAGUUUAUAAGAAGCUAAUGUCGUGGCUGAUUGAAUAACUGAAAAGUGCUGUUUCUUUUUUUUUUCACAUUUUAAUGAAAUGUGAAUAUUGAGAAGAAGAAAUCCUGGUGGCUUUAAAAAGUUUAUACGUUUACAUUCCAUGUGAACUUUGUGAUUAAGAAUUGUUUUUAUGCAAUUGCCGUCUAUGCACCAUUCCUUAAUCGUCUAAUAAUUGUGUAUGUGUUUAUUUCAAAGGGAAGCCCACGUGCUUAUGUAGUCUUAAGAAUUAUGAUAUGCCUUUUCCCUGUGUAUCUGUAUCUUCUGAUACCCUUUGUCAGGCUAAGUCGAUUUGGUUGGAUGUAAGAACAUUUCUAAUAUCAUCCGUGGUCGAUUCUAAUGCUAUGUUAUGAACAGCCACAUACGAAUUGGUUAUAAGAAAUAUAUUUUAUUUUAUAGCAAGACAUAGGCUGUGAAUCAGGAUAAAAGUGCUAGAAAAGACUACCUAAGAGGUUGAUGCUAUUUUGUAUAAAUUGUGUAUUUUGUUGGCUUUUUGACUGAGCAUGAAAAUGUAACUUCCAUUAGGGAAGGGUAAUUUAGGUGCUCAGUAUUCAGCAGAAAACUUGUCGGGGCCAUAAAAGCUUUUCUGGCUGGUUCCUCGGGUGUUUGCCAGAAGAGCUGCCCGCCCCUUGCUGAUUUUCCCUUUGGCUUCAGGAGGGCUGAAUUUAUCACUGCAUACCUGUUGAAUCCAUUUGGGGGAUCCAGCAGUUAACUGAGUGAAUGGAAGGAUUAGUGGCCCUCUGGAGCCCUGUUUCAACAGCCAGGUGUCUGUUCUAAACUAGUUAACUGCUUUUGACAGUUGAAGAACCUGGUUUAUUACCAUAGGCAGGAGGUUUUCUUCUUUCUUUCUUUUUUUUUCUUCCCCACUCCCCACGACCCAAGUGGGGCAUGCCUUCUGCUAAGGGUUAGGGUUUGUUUUUUUUUUUUCCCUUAGGAAUGGAUGGUCCCCUUCCUUCAAGCCAGCUUCCACAGAGUUUGUCUUUGUGCUUAGUCAGCAUUUGACUUGUUUCCAAUCUAUACCAGGCAAUUCACUGGCAUUGUCUGGCAGGAUCCUUUCAGGGGCUCUGGGGGAAAGGCAGGAUGCCCACACAGGGGGCAGAAUCAAAGCCUGUGUAGACACACACACAUACAUACUCACAGGGAAGCUGCUGUUUAGAUCCUAGAUCUGGGUUCCAGUUCCCAGAUUCCAGGUAUCCCCUCCCCCAGGUCAAAAUCAUCUGAGUUCAGAGGGUCUGAAACAUGGUGAUGAGCUAGAGUAUACCCCACAGAGGAAAGACAGAUUUGAAAGUCAGACUGGCUCUCCUUAGAUACCGAAUUUAGACGGAGGGUGGAUAUGUUUUCCUGGAGGAUGCUUUCCAGGUUUGGAAGGACCCAGUUGGUGUUUAACGGAGCUCAUUAAGGCUGAAAUGCCGCUUUUAAUUCUCAGAUUCCCUUUUAC